AUGCCGCUGUUUAAGAAACAGGGCGUGCCCUCUGAGUCGCCAAGGGUUCAACCCAGCGUGAUGAUCAAUAGGGACGAUUCCGACUUUUCCCUUUACCAGACAAUCUCAAAUUCUUCAGUUGCUGAUUAUUCCCAAGGUGUGCCAGGCCGUGGUCGUACCUCAUCGAUGAGCCAUAAGCUUAAGAAUUUAUUUGUCUCCCAUGACCCCCCAACACACAAGCCUGAGAGAACCGCAUCUGUGCCACACUCUAGGAAGGCUUCUUCCCCACCCAUGUCUACUACAUCUUCAACAAAUUCCCCGAGCCUUGAGGCAGUUAAUGAGCACAAAUCACUUUCAAAUACUGAUCUUGUGGAGUCCCUGAAUAGACUGAAAAUGAUGCCACCGUUAGCCGAGAACGAUCUAGACGAGGCGGUUGAGUCCUCAGAGAGACACGCUAGACAGUCUACUCCACCUAUUCCUAACAGUGCAUCCAUUGGUUCCUCUACCUCAUCCGUUCUUUCCCAACCUGCUCGUGUUCGUUCCGUCAAGAAUAUUCCGAAAUUUAUUGGGUCAAAUCUUUCUGAAGAGUCACUAUCGCCUCCUUUGUCAAGAAGCAACUCUGCGAACUCCCGUCAAAGAUCAAGUUCUAUUUCGGUUGCAAAUUCUGAAAGCAGUUUCCACCAUAAUUAUAGUGCUCUGAAACAGACACAAUCUGGUUCUUACUCACAAAUUCAUCUCCAGACACAGAGAGAGAAUCUUGUCAAGUUGAAGAACGGAAGGCUCAAGAUUUCUCCUGAUGGAUCCAUGCAUGAACACGAUUAUACGAAAUACAAGACACAUAUCUCCAAGAAUACAAAAACGUGGUGGGGUUGGACCAAGAAGCGUGAGCCAGAGGAUGACGAAUUUGUUAGCAUUGAAAAUAGUGUUAGCUUGCUUCCGGACUCCUAUUCAAUUCAGCUGAUGGAGCUCAAGAGUGAUCCGAAGAACUAUCGGUGGAAUUACGACGACUCAGAUGAGGAAUCUGGAUCCGACUCCGACUCCGACUCCGACGAGGAUGAUGAUGAUUUUGAUGAUGAUGCCGACGAUGAGCUAAUUGAGCCCAUCAUUGGUAAGGACCAACUCACUUUAAUGAACAUGAUGAUGGACAAAAUGGAGCGUCCAGAGAAGUUCAAAGAGAAGUUGAAGACGGUAGGAAGUAAGAAGAUGAGUUUGAGUGCGAAAUACGGUCACAUCGGUGGGGUUGUUGGAAGGGGAUCUUUUGGUACUGUCUGUAUCUCUGCCGUCACAGAUCCAUCAGGUAAGAAGAACAAAGCGUUAUUUGCCAUCAAACAGCUCAAGAAACGUACUGGAGAAUCUCUGCAUCAUUUUUCAAACCGGGUGACAUCUGAGUUUAUGAUUUCGUCUUCUUUGACUCACCAGGCAGUCAUCAACGUUUACGAUCUCAUGGUGGAUCCGACCACUAUGACGUACUCUCAAGUUAUGGAGUUUAUUCCUUGUGGUGAUCUUUUUGCGCUGAUUGCCAUGACAAAUGGGCUGGAGGUCACCGAAUGUGAUUGUUUUUUCAAACAAAUUCUUAACGCCAUUACAUAUCUUCAUUCGGUUGGCAUUUCGCACAACGAUUUGAAAGUGGAGAACUUGCUGCUCACACGAAGAGGGCAGCUCAAGAUUAUUGACUUUGGCACUUCAGCCGUGUUCAAGACCGCUUGGGAAGACAAGGUGCAAUAUUCUAAAGGUGCUUGUGGUUCCGAGCGAUACGUUUCCCCUGAGCAGUUCGUCCCUGAAGGCACCUAUGAUCCUCGGCUGGCUGAUAUUUGGUCAUUGGGAAUUAUUUACCUGGUGAUGCUUUAUGGCAACUAUGCAUGGCAGGCUGCAAAGCCGGUCGAUGAAGGGUACGAACAUUUCCUUUCCACACGGGCUAUUUAUGAUUACACAGCAAGAUCCAGAACGGCACAUAAACAGUUCAAGAUUGUGCGAAAGGGCUCAUACAACCAGAUAGAAUCUAUUUCGAGUGGUCACAACGCUAGCUCGCGCCGCUAUGUGCUAUACAACAUCUUGAACCCAGACCCCAAAUAUAGAAUGCGGUCUUACCAAAUCUGGCAGAGCGACUGGGUCAAGGGUGUGCGCGUUUGCGAUGCUGGGCGUGGGCUCAUAUCACAAGAAGAGUAUUACGACAUGGCCUUAAAGACUUGGCAAGAGGAGCAACACCUUCGCAAAAGCCCCGAAGAAGUACUCUGGGAAUUGCUUCAUGUUGUCCUCCAAGUUACCCUUGGUGGACAAGAACUUCACGUAAGCACCAUCGUCCUUGACCUCGUUGUUCUGUCUCUUGGCAGCGUACUCAGCUCUGUUAAGAGGAGUGAAACCCCACUUCUUAGAGAUGAUGAUCUUUUGCUGACCUGGGAACUUGUAUCUGGCUCUUCUCAAACCCUCAAUGACAACAUCCUUGUUGGAGUCCUUGGUUCUGACAGAGAGCAAAACUUGUCCGAUAUCAACACGGGCAGCCAAACCGUGUGGCUUACCCCAGGCACCUCUCAUACCUUGUUGCAGUCUAUCGGCACCGGCACACGACAACAUCUUGUUGAUUCUCAAAACGUGGUGAGGGUGCACUCUCACUCUCAUGUGGAAAGAAUCUCUACCAGACACCUUGGUGAUGUACUUGUUUGCGCAAAUUCUGGCAGCUUCCAAAGCCUCGGAGGACAACUGCUCCAACUCGUUAGAAACAAGGUGGACACAGAGUGGGAAGUCAUCGACAUUAGCCUUCUUUCUUCCAAGGUCAAAGAUUCUGAUCUUGGCGUCUGGGACACCUCUGUUGUAUCUAGACUUUGGGAAAGGCUUGUUCUUACAGUAUCUGUAACAUCUAGCUGGUCUUCUAGCCAUUCUGAAAGGUUAGUUUGA